GAAAUUUAUUUGCGUGAUUUGUUAUCAUAGUCGCACCGACUGUCCUCACUUUUGAAUACAAGUUUAAUACUGAAGCCACUUUCAAAGAAAGUUUUUCUUUAGCCAUUUCUUAUCUCUUCCAAGCUCUAUAAUGCAGAAAAAACGUGCAUGAUUGUGUUGUGUUGCCAGUGCGUGUCUGUGUGUCUGUGUAGGCAUGCAGGGAUGGAAAGCGGACAGUUACAGUUAGGUAGGUAAGCAGGGUGUCGACAGGUAACCAAAGAAGACGGGACUACACCUUUACCGUAUUUUUUUCUGCCACUUCCACUCUCGAGUUGAAGGUCCGUCUCCAGCUUUUCCUUGCGUGUUUACCCGUUUCUGUUGUCCUCGCCACCGGACUCCACCUCGGUGUUUACCUCGGCAGACGAAAUGUCGGAGGAAAAGACGGACAUUUCCAACGAACUGUUAGAGAGUGUGCGGGAGGCGGUGGGUCGGAGCGUGAAACUGACCCUGAGGCGCAAAGUCCAGCUGGAGGUCAAAGGUGACAAAGUGGAGAACAGAGUACUGGCUUUGGCAUCACACCGGGCCUAUCUGUUGACAGCACGGGUCCCUUCUAAGGUUGAACAGUCUUUCAACUAUCUGGACAUUCAAGGAAUCAGCAGCAACAAGCCCACUCAGCUAGUAUUGGAGCAUGAGCGCGGGCCAUGGAGCCUUCAGCUGGGCUCAGUGGAGGAAGUAGAUGAGGCGAUUGCUCACAUUGGCAUCUGUCUCCACCGGAUCUGUCCAGCUGGCACACCUGUGAAGAUGAUGAGGAAGUUGAAUUUGAAGCCUCCAGAGAGGACAGCAUCCCUGCAAGCCAAGUGGGACGAUCAGGGCUCAUCUGAUCUGGGACCCUGCGGUGGCUUUUCCCAUCAGUACCGGUGUGUAUGUGAUAACUUGGGGCUACCAUACAGAGAGGAGGUCCAAUGGGACGUAGACACAAUCUAUCUCACUCAGGACACUAGAGAACUCAACUUACAAGACUUUGCUCACCUGGAGAACAGGGAUCUGAUGGCAAUUGUCGCAGCUCUGGAAUACAACCAGUGGUUCACCAAACUCUCAACCAAAGACUACAAACUGUCUGCAGAUGUGUGUGACCAGAUUUGCAGGGUUGUGACUCGAUCCAGUCGACUAGAAGAGCUGGUGCUCGACAACGCCGGGCUUAAAAGUGAUUUUGCUCAGAAACUGGCCAGCGCUCUCUCACACAACCCUUCCUCUACACUCCACACACUCAACCUGAGCAACAAUCCACUGGAAGAUAAAGGUGCUUCUACUCUGAGCGCCCAACUCGCCAAACUGCCUAUGGGCCUAAAGCACUUAAACCUCUCCAGGACUUCCAUGUCCCCCAAAGGUGUAAACAGUCUCUGUCAGGCUCUCUGUGCCAACCCUGUUGUCGCUUCCACCCUCAUACACCUUGACCUGUCUGGAAACUCCCUCAGAGGGGAUGACCUACCAAAUCUGCACAGCUUCUUGAGUCAUGCCAACUGCCUGGAAACUCUGGAUCUGUCUAACAGUGACUGUUCGCUGGAGCUGGUGUGUGCAUCUCUGCUCAGAGGAUCUUUGAAGCAUCUUUCUGUCCUCAACAUGUCAAGAACAGUCUUUUCUCAAAGAAAGUGUAAGGAAAUCCCUCCAUCCUUCAAGCAGUUUUUCAGCUGUGCUCAGGCUCUGACGUCUGUCAGUCUGUCAGGAACCAGGCUCCCUCUGGAGGCUUUGAAGGCACUGUUGCUGGGCCUCGGCUGCAACCCGAACCUGAGUGAUGUAUCUCUAGAUCUCAGCUGCUGUGAGCUGCGUUCAGGAGGAUCCCAGAUUCUGGAGGGUUGCAUCGCUGAGAUCCCCAACAUUUCUAGCCUGGAUAUUUCAGACAACAGUUUGGACAUGGACCUCACCACCCUUCUUGUCUGGCUGGCCAAGAACCGCUCCAUCAGACAUCUUUCACUGGGCAAAAACUUCAACAACAUAAAAUCUAAGAAUGUGGCUCAUGUCCUGAACAACUUGGUGUAUAUGAUUCAAGAAGAGGAUUCACCAUUGACAUCCUUAUCCCUGGCUGACUCCAAGCUGAAGACCGACCUCUCCAUCGUCCUCAACGCUCUGGGCAGCAAUACCUCUUUGACCAAACUGGACAUCAGCGGCAACUCCAUGGGAGACAUGGGGGCCAAGAUGCUGGCCAAAGCCCUGCAGAUUAACACUAAGCUCAGGACGUUAUUGUGGGAUCGAAAUAACAUCAGCCCUCAGGGUCUACAGGAUGUAGCAGCUGCCUUGGAGAAGAACUACACCAUUCGUUUCAUGCCAGUUCCCAUCAUGGAUGCUGCUCAGGCGCUCAAGGCAAAUCCAGAGAAGACUGAAGAUGCCUUACUGAAGAUGGAACAGUACCUGCUGAGAAACCACGAGACCCGUAAAUACCUGCAAGAGCAGGCGUACAGGCUGCAGCAGGGCAUAGUCACCACUACCACACAACAGAUGAUUGACAUGAUGUGCGUGAGGGUGCAGGAUCACCUGAACUCUCUGAGGUUCUCAGAGACCAACUCUGUUCAAGAGGACAUGAAGGUGGCAGAGAAGCUCAUGAAGGACGCUAGAAACUCUAAAAGACUGCUUCCCAACCUGUACCACCUGAGGAGUGGGGGGCCCAAAGGUGCAUGCAUUGAAGCAAUUCAGGAUAAACUGGAGUCCAUGGCUGGAGAAUUGUCGAGAGUGAUGGACGAGCAGCUGCAGACAUUGCUGGUGUCCAUGGUGGAUGCUGCUGAGGGUCUGUGUCCUCAUGUGAUGAAGAGGAGCAGCCUUCGUCAGGAGCUGAUGAAGGCCAGUGCAGGGAGGAUGACUAUUCCUCGUAGCUUCAUCACCACAACUCUGCUGGAGCAAUCUGGGGUCGACAUCAUCAAUAGGAUCAGCGAAGUGAAACUCAGCGUGGCAUCGUUUCUGUCUGAUCGCAUCGUGGAUGAUAUCCUGGAGUCUCUAUCCAGAUCCCAACACACUCUGGCCGACCAUCUGAUCAGAAAGAACCAACCUCUGGUGCAUCAGGAGCCCCAGAUGGAGGCAGAGGUCCUGGAUGAGACAGUUCUUCAGCCAGAGGAUUAUGACCAGGAUCAAAAACUGAACUGGGACCAGAAACAUGGGCUGGAGGACAUAGACUCAUGCAUGAUGACUCCUAAAUCGAAGCGAAAGAGUAUUUUGGUGAGAAUGCUUCGUCCUAUCUCUGUGGCAUUUGAGAUGGAGUUUGACCUGGACAAAGCUUUGGAAGGGGUUCCAAUCCAUGUUGAGGAUCCUCCUCUUCCUUCUCCUUCACAAACAUCAGACAGAAUGUCAGCCUACUAUGGAGACCUACCCCCUCCUCCUACUUCACCUGAUGCAAUGUCUGACAGUUUGGUGGAACUGCCACCUGUGGAGUUAAAGACACUGGAGAACCACACCAAACUCCGGCCAAAGCCUAGAGGGAGGAUGAAACCCAGCAGAUCACCACGUGAGAUCACCAGCAGCUCACUGCCACAGGAAGCAGAACAGAACAGCGUAAUAGAAAAGCUGGACGAGGGUGUGGAUGAUUUCUUCUCCAAGAAAGUUAUCAGGCUCAGCUUUAAACUUCCCUCUGUAAGAGGUUCAUCCACCAACACGCCAGAAGCUGCAGAUAAAAAACGUGAAUCCAGAAAGAGUGGCUUCUUUAACCUCAUCAAAUCCCGAACAUCCCGUUCAGAGAAGAGCCACGGAAGCCCCUCUAUCAAACCACCUCAACCAGCCUCCUCCUCUUUCACCACCACUGCACCCACUUCCCCUGUCAGUUCAUUGUUAGAGGAGACCACACCAACAUUCCCCACGCCACCUGUGAAAAAUCCUGUUACUGUAGCCGAGCCUCAACAAGAGCAAAGACCACAAUCCUCAAACCACACAGAUUUUGAGAUGGCGACGUCUCCAAUUGCCAGUAAACCACUUGAGGACAAGGGAGAGAAGAAGAAUGUGGAAAAUAUGGAGAAAACAAAAAACACAGAGAAAAAGGAGAACCCCCACAUACAUCACCACUUUGGGAUCCCUGUGAUGGGAAAAGACCUGCUGGCUGAGAUGAAGGCCAGGCAAGAGAAAAAGGCCAAACAGGAGAAAAUGGCUGAAAAGAAGCCUGAGCCAUCACCUGUCGUGGACAAGGUGGAUGCUGACAAAGACACAGAAGACUCCAGACCAGAGCCGACUGCCAGGUUCAAACCACCAAGCAUCAGCCUCAAACCACCCUCACCCCAGGCCGCUAAACCCUCCCCAGUAUCCUCAACAUGUGGGCCCCUCAGUCCAAUCAAUCCUAAACCAAGCAGCACCUGUGUCCUAGAAAAGAACAAGGAUAUAAAAGAUAUAUCUGCAGGGACUCCCAAGGCACCACUUCCUGCUCUUCGUCUGAUGAGGGCGCCAUCAGAGCAGGACAGAGAGAGUACAGGCCACAGCCCUGUUGGAUCCCUGUCUCCACUGGAUGUUGAGUUUCCAUUCGAAGGCGACACCUUUGACCAACCCAUCGCAGGUACCGAGCCCAGCAUCGGCAGUAGACAGUGGUCAUCUCUGAAAAGGUCAUCCAGUCCUCCAAGUGGCAGAGAGAAGGACCACGAGCGCACCAAAUCUCUCCCUGCCUAUGUGAGGCCUCCAUCUCAGGCAGAAACUGAUCACAGUUCAGCUGUAGAAGAGAGUCCAACUUUACCUGCUGACAUCAAGUCUGACAACAAAUCAGACGAGUCUGGUGAUGAAACUCCUUCAAUGUGAUUUCAGGAAGAGCUUCAUCAUUUGUUUUAAACCCUGCUUGACUCUCCCUUCUACACCCAUGUCACAUAUAAGCAAAGUUGAUGUAACAUGGAUCAUUUAAUUUUUUUUUUCUUGUCACAUUUCAGACAUGUUUGCUAAAUGUACACAAAAGCAUAUUUUUGUCAUGUUUUUAUGAGUAGAGAGGUUGGCCCAUGUAAAUGGAUGCUAAAACAGCUUCGUUACUCUUUGUCCACAGCUCUAAUAGAACCAUAAAGAGCAGACCAGAUGGGUUUAUCUGGUGCAGAGACAAUCUAUGCAUGUUAUAUAAACAUGUCCAGCCAUGAAAAAGCUCACUUAGUCCAAAGCACUGAGAAGAAUGAGUCUGUCUUGAGUUUUUUUCUGUAACAUAACAGGGUCUUGAUUGAAGCUGUCUUGUGUUAUAUCUGCCCUUCAGGUGAGCUGUAGCUGGUGCUUCAGCGAUCUAUACCAGCAGGACAUCUGAGAAUUAACUUAUUAUCUUGAAACAGAUAUAUAAGAAAAAACUAUUAGCAGCUGGUUGCGGAGAUGAUCUGAAACUAAUCAGAAGAUGAGCAGCAAAUGUCUAAAACCUGAUUUCAGGCAUGGCUUCACAGAACCAAUGUAUAAAUCAUUGAUUCUUAAUGGCUUUAAGUGCUAGCUAAAAAUGCUAACCUCACUAGUCAAAAUCUGUUUAAGGUUAUAUUCAGUUUUAACACAGUAAUUCAUAAUAUUGCCUUUAGCUUUUACUAGCAUUGGCAAAAAGAUUUAAUGCUGAUGUUGCAAGCUCUUGCCAGAGUUUAACCAGGUUCAUGUUCAAAUAUUUUAUGCCCAUCACUGUAAAAAUGUCCAGUCCCUUCUGUGUGGCGGCCUCAGAGCAGGACACUGAUCCAGUUUAUUAGUUAGCAUAUAGACAGAACACUGCAAAAAGAAAAAUAAAUACAUAAAAAACAGAAACAGUCUUAUUUUUCAUUAUUCAAGAUUAUCAAGAUUGUUGCUAAUUAUAUUAAAAUCUUAAAAUAUAAAUUAAACUGUUUACUCCACCUGCAAAGACUUGUCAGAUUUUAACGAAUGAGCUGUCUGAAUUUAAAUCACACCACAGGAAAAAAAUGAAUGAGGCUCAAAGUCAGCUCACACUCUGAGCAGCAGGGAUGAGUUUAGUAAAUACUGACUCCAUAAACACUGAAGUCCAACCAUGGAGACAAAGAUUUUCCUCAUUUCAGUCAAAGCUUGUCCUGUUGCCCAGAACUGCUGAAUGCAGUGUUAAUGUUCUGUUUUUAAUCUCAUGUUCUGCAGCUAAAAUGCUUCUGCUAAAAUGUUAUUUACUGUAAUAAAUUUGUUUUUGAACUCCUAAAAUGUCCAUUUAAACAAUCAUAUAUUUCAGUCAAUACUUUAUCUCUUUUGUUUUAUUUUUGUCGCUGUGAGCAUUGAACUCGUCAGUUUCUUUACUUUUCUGCUUACAUCAAGUUGCAAAUAUUCUGUGAAAACAAUGACAUCGAGCCGAUAUAUUAAUAUUAAAGAUUUUAAAAGGAGCAUCUAAAUCAGUUCCACACUGCUGCCGCAUCUUCACUGUAACAUGCAUGGUUAAAUACUGAUAUCUGUUAAUCAUGUACUACUGCACUUACCAAUGUAUUAUAUAUAUCAGUGUAAAUAUGUACUAACAUUUGUUUAAGGUUCUGUUUAUAAAUUUGAAUGGGAUUUUUUUAUCUGUUAAGUGCAGAAACGUCGGGGUUUAUAUUUUAUUAUGAGCAGAAGAUGUGAUUUAUUGAGUUGAGGCAUGCUGAAUAUUAUGGAUAAUUUUUCCUUUCAAAUAAUUGGUGAUGGUUUUUAUUUUACUGGGAAAAUAUUAUCACUAUUUUUUAAUCAGCUUUAUACAUUUCACUUCUAUAUAUGUUUAAUUGUUUGUCAUUGGAGCAAUAAGACUGAAAAUGUGACCUGAAGCAUACAAAUAUUUUUCUGUGUGUAUGUUUAUACAAAUAAACUCAGUUAAUGGUCA